AUGGUUGUAGUAAACUCAAGUCCUCAUAUCCCUUAUCAUAUUACUUGGCAGCUUAUUAAUUUAAGAACCGGAGCAAUUGUCAAUAGCACCUCUGGUUUUAAUGUUCUUAGUGAUUAUUUUCCUGAAUUGUAUUUUGACCUUUGUCAACUUUUUGAUGCUGAUGAUGUAUGUGUUGGGAAGGGAGGAACCUAUGUCUGUCCCGGGGGAAAGAAUGGAAAAUCCCUUCCUGGUUGCGGGGGCCCCGAAGUAGGAUACUGUGAAAAAUGGGGAUGUGAAACCACUGGAAGUGCACAUUGGAAACCCUCCUCUUCAUGGGACCUGAUUACUAUCGGGGCGGCUCCAGGUAUAAUAUUUAGUAACUGUGGGGGUAGGGACUGUAGUACUUGUAUAAAUGGGACGUUGGGUAGGUGUCACCUCCAGAUCCUUCGCUUCACAGAUAAGGGAAAACAGGAUAAAUGGGUCGGGCCUAAGUCAUGGGGCAUAUACUUGUAUAGACCGGCCAGAGACCCCUUUGCCCUAUUCGCCUUGAGCCGAACGGUUACUGUCACAACCGUAUCGGAUGGACCAAAUAAAGUAUUAACAGAUCAGAAGAGCCCAACCUCCCCAAAUGAGCACGUAGUAGCAACGCCUCCUCCGCCCGGCCCCGAAAAUUCCUCCUUACCCGGAACGGGGGAUAGGCUCCUUAACCUAAUACAUGGGGCCUUCCAAGCACUAAAUGGCUCUGACCCCGAUAGGACCCGGGAUUGCUGGCUGUGCCUAGCCUCACCUCCCCCUUAUUAUGAAGGAGUAGCUGUCAUUGGGAAUUGGACCAACCAUACUAUUGUCCCUCCCCAGUGCACCAAUUUGCCAUCCCACCGCCUAACUCUUCCAGAAGUAUCAGGACAGGGACUCUGUGUAGGCUCCAUUCCCCCUCAAUAUCAGGGCCUCUGUAAUAAAACUAUGACCCUCAAACCAGGCACCUAUUAUUUAACAGGACCAAAUGGAACAUUUUGGGCAUGCAAUACAGGCCUAACCCCCUGCUUGGCAGGACAAGCUCAUAAUCGAACUCAUGAAUGGUGCGUCAUGGUUGAAGUAUGGCCUCGGGUCACAUUACAUGACCCUGAGGAAGUCUACCGACAAUAUGAGGGAAAUCUUCGUCUCCCUAGGGAACCCCUAACAAUAACCCUAGCCCUCAUAUUGGGAGGACUCACAGUCGGGGGCAUUGGAGCAGGUGUAGUUACCGGAGCCACUGCCCUGUCUAAGACAAAUCAGUUUCACCUGUUACAACAAGCUAUGCAUUCAGAUUUACAAGCUUUAGAAGAAUCUGUCAGUGCCUUGGAAAAGUCCUUAACUUCACUCUCAGAGGUAGUAUUACAAAAUAGAAGGGGGCUGGACCUGGUAUUUUUAAAGGAAGGAGGACUCUGUGCAGCCCUAAAGGAAGAGUGUUGUUUCUAUGCGGAUCACACUGGAGUGGUCAGAGACAGCAUGGCAAAAUUAAGGGAGAGACUAAAACAACGACAGAGCCAUUUUGAGGCGGGACAGUCCUGGUUUCAGAGCUGGUUUAACUCAUCCCCUUGGUUAACAACCCUAAUCUCCACCAUCACAGGGCCCUUGAUAAUAUUACUUUUAAUCUUAACCUUUGGACCCUACAUAAUAAAUAGGCUUCUUCAGUUUAUUAACAGUAGACUGUCUAUCACCCAUGCCCUGGUCCUGACCCAGCAGUACCAAAGUUUAAAAACAGAAGACAUAGAACAAACAUUUUAG